UUUGGUUUGAUAGAAAGAAUAUAUUCAAAAUGUCAAAUAUUAAAUUAUAUUUAAUAUUAAUUGUUAUUUUAUUUAAUUUAAAUCAAAUUAUUUUUGGUGAAAUUUUGAAUAAUACAGAAAAUGAUGUAAUUCUUCAAGUUCACGUGAGUUUUCGUCACGGGGAUCGAACAAUGAAUUUUUCUGAGUCUUAUCCAACUGAUCCUAAUCGAAAUAUAUUAGAUAAGACUAUUUAUCCUUUAUCCGAAGGCCAAUUGACAAAUGCAGGUAAACAACGAGCUUAUAAAUUAGGUAAAAUGCUGAGAAAACGUUACAAUACAUUUUUGGGAGAUUUAUACGAUGCUGAAAUAGUACAAGUAUUAUCCACGGAUUUUGAUCGUACAAAAAUGACAGCUCAGUUAGUAUUAGCUGGCUUAUUUCCUCCAAGUAAAUCUCAACAAUGGGAUGAUCAAUUAUUAUGGUUACCAAUACCCGUUGACUAUGUAAAAAAGAAAGAGGACAAAUUCUUAAGACGACAAAAUAAAUUUUGUCCAACUUAUAUUCAUGAAUUAAAACGUGUGCUCAACGAAUCAACCGUAAAAAUUUUGACUGAUAAUAAAGAUUUGAUUGAAUAUAUUGAAAAAAAUUCUGGACAA